CGUGACAGGAGGGAUGUUUCUGUCGCUGUAGCAGCCAUCAUUUCACCCAAUACAAGCCUGUUCUCAAAAGACACGACGAGGAUAUAGACAUGGAUUUGCACGGGAAUAUCGAGUGAAAGGACGACACUCGCCCGCUUCUUCGUUUGUGGUUUAUUUCCGGCUUGUAUCGUUUCCAGGUGUGCUUAACUAGCAUCUUUGACUUGGUUUCCUGGCAACUACUUGCAUAUAAACCUUCGCCUCCUUGUCAGUGGAGGUGCAUAAGUGAAGGAGUGGACCCCGACUUCUCCUGUUUUCUGUCCUUUGCUCUGCUUUGAGACGGGAGGGGGACCGAAGUGCUGUCAGAACCACCCAGAGCAUGGGGCAGAAGGUUCCGGGAGGCAUUAAGACUGUGGACAUGCGGGACCCGGCAUUUCGGCCUCUCAAACUUGAGCUGCAGGCCCUGGAUUACACCAAGCCUUCCCGUCUGGAUAUGUUGUUAGACAUGCCAUCAGCCUCGCAGGACAUCCAAGUCCAGCACUCCUGGAACAAUGACGACCGGUCGCUCAACAUUUUUGUGAAAGAGGAUAAUAAACUUGUAUUUCACCGGCACCCUGUGGCGCAGAGUACAGAUGCUAUUCGGGGCCGGGUGGGAUACACGAGAGGACUGCACGUGUGGGAGAUCAGCUGGGCCAUGCGCCAGCGGGGUACCCACGCCGUCGUUGGCGUGGCAAUGGGCGAAGCCCCGCUGCAUUCUGUAGGAUACACUGCACUUGUAGGAAACAAUAGCGAAUCCUGGGGCUGGGACCUGGGACGAAACAAACUCUAUCACGAUGGCAAAAACCAACCCAGUAGGACCUAUCCAGCUUUUCUUGAGCCUGAUGAAACCUUUAUCGUCCCAGACUCGUUUUUGGUUGUCCUGGACAUGGACGAGGGGACGCUAAGCUUUAUUGUUGAUGGACAGUACUUGGGGGUUGCUUUCAGGGGACUAAAAGGAAAAAAGCUAUACCCUGUAGUGAGCGCUGUUUGGGGACACUGUGAAAUCAGAAUCCGGUACAUAAAUGGACUUGAUCCUGAACCUCUGCCAUUAAUGGACCUCUGUAGACGAUCUGUACGAGUUGCACUGGGAAGAGAGCGACUGAGCGAAAUACAUGGCCUGCCCUUACCUGCCUCCCUUAAGAACUACUUGCUCUACCAAUGAUGACAGUUGUGCCUUUUUAAAAACAGUUUAAGGCAUGGCAUUCGCCUGAAUUUGUCUCUGGGAUUUACUCUUAUUCCAUCUGGCAAGCCUGUUUCAUUUGCAAUUUCACUUGUUUUGGAUUGGUCCCAUACUGAAUUACUGGGUAUGGUACCAAAAAAUAUGAAAUUAUGUCUGACGUCUUUUCUUGGUUCAUUCAUAUCCUGGAUUUCAGAUCCUUAUUGCAGAUACUCGGAGGAAAACAAAACCUUCUCCUCUCUAAUCAUGGCUAACUGAAACCCCAGCUGCUUGUCAAAAUCUAAAAAAAUAUUUUAAAGGUUUUUUUUAAUGAGAUUUGUUGGCAUACCUUAAGCAGUCAUGUAUUAUGUCAUCAAUUUAAGGGUCUAUAUAGUGGCUCAAUACGAGCAAUGAAAAAUAGCUAGUUAAGACCAGCAAGUUUUGAUGAUCAAAAUAUAUCUGGAUAUUAAUAUCGGCACCUUUUGUAUGUAAAGUUUCUCAGUUUAAGGAUGCAGUCUUUCAACUUCUAGUCGGUAUAAUAAAGUAGCCGAGUCAAUUUUGGAUUAGGUGCUGGAGUCUGCUUGUUGUGUGGGUUUGAAAAAGAUUGACACUACCCACGCGGUGUAAGGUGAUGGGUUCCCCGCUCACUCCUGCCAGGUUAAAAAUAGCCCGGUUUUAGCUGUAAGUCUGACCGUCUUGCCUGGAAAAAUAAUGUGGUGCCUGUGUCUAUGACGUGGGAGGCUAUAUUCAUGGAAUCAACCAAAGCUGGUGCAUUAUACUAGCUUUUUAAUUGCCCGACAAGUCAACUAGUCUCCUGUUUACACUGCAACAUCUAAAGUGCCUGGCUCAUUAUACUGGUAUAUUAUUAAAAGAAAGCCAUGAAUUAAAUUUAUAUUAAAUCAAAGAAUGAGAUCACUGUGAGACUAUGUAGCAUACAUUUAUCAUUAAGAGGUUGUAUAGCUUCCCUAUGUCCCGUGAAACACCCACAUCCAUACUCUUGGUUUUGCUGGUUUUAUUUGUAAGAAAACUGUUUUAACUUGAUAUGUUGGGGUAAUGACGCUGCUGUGUGGCGUCUGAUAUUGAUGUCAGUUUGCUCUUUUUAAGACUUGAUGCAGAGAUUGCCAUUUACUGUCAUUUUGUUUUCUAAAAGUUUUUCCAUCCUAGUCUUUUUAGAUGUGUAAAUGUAGUUUGUUUGGGAGCCAUUUUGCUGGGCAUGGGGGGUUGUUUGAUUCCCUGUUUUUAAACCCUUCCUGCUUGCCGACCACCUCUUUGUAUUUAGUGAUUGUAGAUAAUAUUGGUAACUAUCUAAUAAAGUUUAUUAUUAUUGA